UAGAGAGAUGGGGAAGAAGAAGAGCACGAAAGAUGGUAGCCAACCCAGAACCGAAACCGAGCACUGCACCUCCACCGUGUUCGUCUCCAAUUUGCCUUACUCUUUCACCAAUUCCCAGCUGGAGGAGACCUUCAGUGAAGUCGGACCCAUCAGGCGGUGCUUCAUGGUCACCAAAAAGGGGUCGACGGAGCACCGUGGUUUUGGCUUUGUUCAGUUUGCUGUCACAGCAGAUGCUGAUCGCUCUGCUGAGCUGAAGAACGGUGCGUCUGUUGGGGGUCGAAAGAUUGCUGUUAAGCAUGCCAUGCAUCGUGCGCCCUUUAAGCAACGAAGAUCAAAGAAAGAUCAAGGUUCUGAUUUGGAUGAAAAUAUGAAUUCAAAAAGUGGCGAGGAUGGAGGCAAUUUCAAAGAAGAAAAGGGUGCUUCAAACUUGAAGACAAGAGAGGUCAAAUUGGAGAAGACCAUGAAGUCAAAGAAUGACAAGGAUGCGGGCAAUUUCAAAAAGGAAAAGGAUGCUUCAAACUUGGAGGAAGGAGAGAAACAUGUGAAAGCCAGAAAACCAGUAGCACCAGGUAAAGAUAUAGUGGCAAAAGUGGGAGGUUCUGAAAAGCAGAGGGUUGCUAGAACCAUUAUAUUUGGUGGCCUUCUUAAUGCUGGUAUGGCGGAAGAUGUUCAUCGCCAAGCUAGGGAGGUUGGCGAUGUGUGUUCUAUAACUUAUCCUUUUCCCAAAGAAGAGGUUCAACAACAUGGUCUUGUACUAGAUGGAUGCAAAAUGGAUGCCUCAGCUGUACUGUACAACAGUGUUAAAUCAGCUCAUGCUUCUGUUGCAAUGUUACACCAAAAGGAGAUAAAAGGAGGAAUUGUUUGGGCACGUCAGCUGGGUGGGGAGGGUUCCAAGACUCGGAAGUGGAAGCUCAUUAUCAGAAAUCUUCCUUUCAAGGCCAAAGUCACUGAUAUUAAAGAUAUGUUUUCAUCUGCGGGAUUUGUUUGGGAUGUUUAUAUACCACAGAAUUCUGAUACAGGGUUGUCUAAAGGUUUUGCAUUCGUCAAAUUCACACGCAAACAAGAUGCGGAAAAUGCAAUACAAAAGUUCAAUGGACAAAAACUUCUUAAAAGACCAAUAGCUGUUGACUGGGCUGUUCCAAAGCAGAUAUAUGGUAGUGGCAAUGAUGCUCUUCUUGCUUCAGAAUAUGGAGAAAAGAGUGGAAGAGAUGCGGGAAAUGAUAGCGGCAGUGAUGAUUUCGAGGGUGACGCUGGAGAUACAUAUGAAACGUCCCAGCACCUCAAUAGGAUUGGCACUGCUCCAGAUGACUCCAAUACAGCAGAGAUGAAAGACAUCCCUACUGAAAUUGAUUUUGUGGGGGAAGCAGAUAUAUCAAGAAAAGUUUUAGAAAACUUGACCACUUCCUCUUGUACUGUAAAUACUGAUGAUAAGGGUGUUGAUAAUUCUGCAUUUCCCAAAGGGAACAAGGAGCCAACUAUUGAUUUUGAGGAGGAAGCAGACAUUGCAAGAAAAGUUCUAAAAAAGUUUACCGCGGCCUCUGGUACAGUAACCGCUGUUGAUGAUUCAUUACCUAAAAGUAAAAAGGAGCCAACUAUUGAAAAAUCUGUUAAAGAUCCUAGUAAAUUAGCUUCUGAGACUGCGCCUAAUAAAUUAGCUUCUGAAAGUGCCAGUGCAUCAGAUGCUGCUAAACCACAAACAGAAGAAGAUGAUUUGCAUAGAACAAUUUUCAUCAGCAACCUUCCGUUUGAGAUCACUAAUGAAGAAGUCAAACAAAGGUUUUCUGCUUUUGGGCAAGUGCAAUCUUUUGUCCCAGUUCUUCAUCCACUGACCAAGCGACCAAAAGGAACGGGCUUUCUCAAGUUUAAAACAAUAGAUGCAGUGAACUCUGCGGUUUCAGCUGGUAGCGCUGCAUCUGGCUUGGGAAUUUUUCUCAAGGGUAGACAACUGACAGUCUUCCAGGCAUUGGAUAGAAAAUCGGCUCAUGAGAAGGAAGAAAAUAUGGCCAAAAAGGAGGACAUAGACCACCGCAAUCUCUAUUUGGCAAAGGAAGGUCUUAUUCUUGCGGGAACUCCAGCUGCAGAAGGGGUUUCAGCUACUGAUAUGUCAAAACGCCAGAUGUUGGAGAGGAGCAAGGCAAUGAAGCUUAAAUCUCCAAAUUUUCAUGUUUCGAAGACAAGAUUAGUUAUGUACAAUUUGCCCAAGUCCAUGACUGAAAAACAGCUUAAGAAACUUUGUAUCGACGCUGUCACCUCACGAGCUAAGCUACAAAAACCUGUGAUUAGACAGAUAAAGUGCUUGAAGGAUGUGAAAAAGGGAAAUAUUGUCACAAAGAACCACUCACGCGGUGUUGCUUUCAUCGAGUUUACAGAGCAUCAGCAUGCGCUUGUGGCUUUGAGAGUUCUUAACAACAAUCCUGAAACUUUUGGUUCAGAACACCGGCCAAUUGUGGAGUUUGCACUUGAUAAUGUUCAGAAAUUGAGAGCACGUCAGGUUUCACAACAAACUCAGCAGCAUGCUGCUAAUGGUAAUCAGAAAGAGGUGCGCCAAUUUGAUCCCUUGAAUAGAGCAGAUGCCAAUCCUAGCAAGAAGUUUGAAAAACGGAGAGACAAAGGCAGCAAACGAAAACUGGAUGAGGUAGUACCAAAUAAAGAGGGUGAAGUCGAAAAUAGGACCAGUGAUGGAGCUGCUACUGAAGGGCAGAGACUUCCCAAGAGGCAGAAGAAUGGUUCAGAUAAAAAAGCAGAAAAGAUUUCAUCAAAAGAAAUACUGGGAAGCUCAUCGGCGGAAGGCUCAAAACGUAAAAGCCAUCAUCAAGAUGGCAGGAAGGCUGGUGGUGGAAGAUCGUUUGAAAAUGAAGUCAAGGCAGUUGAUGCGACCACGUCAGUAUCAUCAAGAAAGACAAAUGUGGAACCUAAGAAGAGGAAGCUGCGGGAGCAAAGUUACAUGGAGGGAGGAGAGAACAUGAUGAGAAGAAGGCCGAAGAAUAAAGACCCAAUAGGGCGGGAUGUUGCAGAUAAACUAGACAUGCUGAUCGAAAAAUAUAGAUCCACGUUCACAAAUCAAAAUUCCUUCCAAUAAGGUGGCGGAAGGCAAGAUUCAAUUAGAAAAUGGAUUGAUUAAUUACAAGUUGGUUUUGUAAAAUUUCAUGAUGAAUGUGUUAACAGAUGAGUGGAAAGCAAUUGCCUUGAAUACGCGGUUGCUAUAAAUUUUGUUUGUUAAAUUUUGACAAUAUUUCUAAAUUACCCAACCCUAAAAAUAUAUAUUGUAUUUUAGGGGUAUUUUAAAUUUAUUUCUUGUAGGGGUAUUUUAGUAAUCAAACUAGUUUUAAUUCUGAUUCCAUAUGGUAAGUAAACAACAUCAAUCGUAAUUAGUUUU